AUUUACUUCCGGUUCUAAAUUGAGGGAAAAACAAAAUCAAGACGUUUGGGAGACGCACUGGAAUCUGCUCGUGAUAAAACACAACAGGGAAGAUGGAGAUAGCAAUGGAAGGAACAGGGAAGAAACCAAGAAAGAGAAUGAAGUCUCUCUACAAUAACAUACGAGAUCAGAUUGAAUUUUACUUCAGUGAUUCAAACUUACAUCGAGACAGAUAUAUGAAGAAAGUUAUAACUGAGAGUGAAGAUGGAUAUAUUGACAUUGCACUGUUCUUGAACUUUAACAAAGUUAAAGUUUUGACUACUGAUACUAGUGCUCUACAAAAGGCCCUAAAGUCCUCCAACAAGUUACAGGUCAGUGAGGAUGGUCAAAAGGUGAAGAGGUUAAAACCAUUAGAAGAACCAAAACAGAUAGAUGAGAGGACAGUCUAUGUGGAAUGCCUCCCCCACCAGGUAGACCACAUGUGGGUCAAACGUAUGUUCUCCACUUGUGGUGAGGUCCUGUAUGUCAGUAUUCCCCGCUACAAGAGCACAGGAGACCCAAAAGGAUUUGCUUUUGUGGAAUUUGGCACAGUGGAGGCUGCCAGAAAGGCUUGUGAGGAGCUCAACAACCCCCCAGUUGAAGCUGACGGUCAACCAGGAAAAUUUCCAAAGACAAGGAAACAGUUAUUGCAGCUUCAGCGGAAACUAGCUCCAAAAGGCUCAUCUCUGUAUGCUGUCACAGGUGAGGAGGUGGAAGGAUUAGAUCCAGGGAUUCUGCCUUGUGAAAGUAAGGAUUCUAAAGACAAGUCAAUGGAGUCACCAACAAAAGCAAUCCAAACGCCAGAAAAGGAGGAGACGACAAACAAGUGAAAGUAGGUGGAUGGUGCUGAGUUAUCUCCCAUGAAACGACGAAAAACUGUCAGUGUAGAAAGUUACAGCAAAACAAAAACGGAAGCAAACACUGAUGUUACAGAAGAUAAUGAUGGUAAUAAGGAAACAAAACUAUCUGAUAGUCCUGAAAAGAGUUCUAAAUCAAUCAUUAAGGAGAAAGACGUACAGUCAGGAGAGGAAGAAAAUGAAAAAUCAAAGAAGACAAAGAAAAGGAAAAGUAAAACUCAGACUGAUACUGGUGUCCCUUUGACUGACAGUGAAGCAGGUGACAGUGUGGAAGGAAGUGAGGCUAAUAAACAUAAGGUCAGUGAAGGUCAAGGUCAAAGUGUCAGUGUGGAAGGAAGUGAGGCUAAUAAACAUAAAGUCAGUGAAGGUCAAGGUCAAGGUCAAAGUGUCAGUGUUGAAGGAAGUGAAACUAAUAAAUAUAAGGUCAGUGAAGGUCGAGUGUCUGAUUCAUCAGUAAGUGAAGUUAGGAAGAGGAAGACAGAUGAAGAGUCUUCUUCAGAUGAUGUGAAAAGGAGGAAAAUUGAAGACACAUCCACCAGAGAUGAAAAAAUAUGUGCCAAGAAAGUAAAAAUAACUCCAUCAAAAAAACGGAAAAGAAAGAAGAAGAAGCAGAAGGGAAAGGAUGUACCAGAGCUGAGAGUGAUCUCAAAGAAGGAAUGGCUAGAUCUGCGUAGUGAGUACCUGUCCUUACAGAAAAAAAGUAUGUCCAACCUCAAGAUGACCUUGUCUAAGAUCAGGAAGGAUGAUGACAAAUCCAACCAACCAAUGAUUGGUCAUACUGCCACAGAGAAAUCUGUGAAAGACUGCCAACAGGAGAGACCGAAAGUAGAGUUUGUCCCAGAUGUCAUAGUCCAAGUCAAGUCACCACAUCCAUUCACACGCAAACAAGUCAAGGAGUACUUUGGAGAAGAAGGGGGUGUGGUCUACGUAGAUCUAAUGGAUGGUGACUCUAGUGGUUACAUCAGGUUUAAGGACUCGGAUAGUGCCAAAAAGGCUACUAAUGCGCAACCAGAGGCCUACACAUUCUCUCUCAUGCAAGGAGAAGAUGAAAGUUUGUACUGGAGAAAGUUACAGUCUGACCGUGAAGCUAAACUCAACAACAAGAACAAGCCAAAGAAACGAGGAACUCAGAAGUUGGUGGACAAGGUACAGAAGAUAAACAAGGAAAAUGUCCAGCGAAAACAUAUCAUGUUUGAUGACUAAGACAACGGUUUUCCUGUUUUGUUGGUGAACAAUCCUGGCUUGAUAUUGCUGUUUGAGAAUAAAUUUUUACAAAUCUUGUGUGAAUAUUUGUCAUUCAGCAAAAAAAGUCCCAGAGUGAGAACUGUGAGGCUGUGUAUGAUUAUCUAUAUACAUCAUGAUGUAUUAUGGGAACUGUGAGGCUCUGUAUAAUUAUCUAUAUACAUCAUGAUGUAUUAUGGGAACUGUGUAUAAUUAUCUAUAUACAUCAUGAUGUAUUAUGGGAACUGUGUAUAAUUAUCUACACCAUGAUGUAUUAUGGGAACUGUGUAUAAUUAUCUAUAAACAUCAUGAUGUAUUAUAGGAACUGUGUAUAAUUAUCUAUAUACAUCAUGAUGUAUUAUGGGAACUGUGUAUAAUUAUCUAUAUACAUCAUGAUGUAUUAUGGGAACUGUGUAUAAUUAUCUAUAUACAUCAUGAUGUAUUAUGGGAACUGUGUAUAAUUAUCUAUAAACAUCAUGAUGUAUUAUGGGAACUGUAUAAUUAUCUAUAUACAUCAUGAUGUAUUAUGGGAACUGUGUAUAAUUAUCUAUAUACAUCAUGAUGUAUUAUGGGAACUGUGUAUAAUUAUCUAUAUACAUCAUGGUGUAUUAUGGGAACUGUGUAUAAUUAUCUAUAAACAUCAUGAUGUAUUAUGGGAACUGUGUAUAAUUAUCUAUAUACAUCAUGAUGUAUUAUGGGAACUGUGUAUAAUUAUCUAUAUACAUCAUGAUGUAUUAUGGGAACUGUGUAUAAUUAUCUAUAUACAUCAUGAUGUAUUAUGGGAACUGUGUAUAAUUAUCUAUAUACAUCAUGAUGUAUUAUGGGAACUGUGUAUAAUUAUCUAUAAACAUCAUGAUGUAUUAUGGGAACUGUGUAUAAUUAUCUAUAUACAUCAUGAUGUAUUAUGGGAACUGUGUAUAAUUAUCUAUACAUCAUGAUGUAUUAUGGGAACUGUGUAUAAUUAUCUAUAUACAUCAUGAUGUAUUAUGGGAACUGUGUAUAAUUAUCUAUAUACAUCAUGAUGUAUUAUUGGAACUGUGUAUAAUUAUCUAUAUACAUCAUGAUGUAUUAUGGGAACUGUGUAUAAUUAUCUAUAUACAUCAUGAUGUAUUAUGGGAACUGUGAGACCGAGACUUAAAGUGAGACUAUUUAUAUGUGUGGAUUCCAUUUUGUACAUGUAUUGAAAGAUACAUUUAAUUCAAAUAAAGAAUAAAAUUUCAGAUGAAAUGUG